AUCCCCCCCCCCCCCCCCACCUCCUCUCUCUGUGAGAGUACUCUGAACUCUGAAGCUUUUCCCUUCCCUUUUGGGUUGUCUCUGCACUUUCCCACGUUACGCCGUUACAACCGCUCUAUCUAUCUCUAUCGUUUCUUCCUCCAUAUUUUUCCCAGCCUUUCUUGCUCCCAGCUUAGGGUUUCCACUUUGAAUCUUUCUUCUUUCUUGCGAUUGUCAUUCAGUUUCCUUUUCAAGGAAUCUUUGCCCAUGACUUCUACUUCUGUCAAGAACAACUUGAUGCCUCCGGGCCUCGUUUCCAAUCUUCAAGAAGUCCUUCUCAGCAGGAAAGGCGCUGAUGAGGGCGACAAAUCCAAGGACGUUGCCGAAACUCUGGAACCUUCAUCUUCGGUUCCUGAUUCCACGGAACUCAAUGAUACUUCGAAGCCCAUUGUCUUGGUCACCAAUAGUGAUGGGAUUGAGUCCCCUGGCCUUACCUACUUAGUUGAAGCUCUUGUUCGUGAAGGCCUUUACAAUGUUCAUGUCUGCGUUCCUCAAUCGGACAAAACAGUUUCGGGCCACUCUGUAACUCUCAGAGAAACGGUGGAAGCAAGGUCUGCUGAAAUUGAUGGUGCCACGGCCUUUGAGGUUUCAGGAACUCCUGUGGAUUGUGUUUCACUAGCAUUAUCCGGGGCCUUGUUUUCAUGGUCAAAGCCUAUACUGGUUAUUAGUGGAAUCAACCGGGGAGCCAGCUGUGGUCAUCACAUGUUUUACUCAGGUGUUGUUUCUGGAGCUAGAGAGGCAUCAUUAAGUGGUGUGCCAUCAUUGUCAAUAUCAUUGAACUGGAAGGAGGAGCAAAGUCAAGAGACAGAUUUCAAGGAUGCAGCAGCAAUCUGUUUACCUUUGAUAAAUUCAGCUAUCAGGGAUAUUGAGAAGGGAACUUUUCUCAAAAGUUGCUUUCUGAAUAUAGAAGUUCCCACGUCUCCGUUGAGAAACAAGGGUUUCAAGUUGACCAAGCAAAGUACUCGAAGAUCCACUGCAAACUGGCAAGCUGUUUCUACUAGUCGAUAUCCUGUUGGUCAUUUCUUGAACAACCAACAAGGCCUUGGCCUUAAGUUUGCACAGCUUGGCCGAGAUGCCUCUGCUGCUGGUGCAGCGCGUCGACUGACUACACAGAAAAAGAAUUUGGAGAUUGUUGAAUCUAUUGGAGCUGCAGGAAAAUCUGAUUUCAACAGGGUAAAGAAGUACUUCAGACUGGAGUUUUUGGAUAAGAAGCAUGAAGAUAUAGAAGAGGACCUUGAUUAUCGAGCACUAGAAAGUGGAUAUGUCGCUGUGACUCCCCUUCCUCUUUCUCCUCAUAUCGAGACUGACAUCCAAAUGGCAGCUUCUGAUUGGAUAUCUGCCGUGUUUCACACGGAACAAUGAUCUAGAAUUACAGCGUGAUUGUGUACAUUUGAGAGUCAUUUGAAUAUUCUCUCUCUUUUUUCUACAUUUAACGGCAAGGAUGGAGUGGAGUGGAAAGGGAUGGUCACUCACGCCAACUCAAUAGUGUUUGAUUCCAGUAUUGAUAUUUGAUAUGAUUUAUUUUGGUGUUUUAUUUCCUUUUGUUUCCUCUCUUCCAUUGUUUCAGUUCUUCUUUUGGUCUCACUUGACGUGAAGCUAAUGCUUCUUGUAAUAUCAUAGCCAUAGGCAUGUUUGAAGAAUGCCACUCUGUUUGUAGCUUCAAUUUGUAGUAAAACUUUGGAGCUGUUGUAAUAUGUAGUCAAAGUUUGGUUCUUUGCGUUUUUUAUUAAA